CCUCUGAUGUCCCCCCCAGUCUUAUCUUCUUGGAAACCAUACCAUUUUGUAUUCUCUAUAAAUCUGUACCCCAAGAUAGCAGAAACUCUCCUCCACUCUCUCAGAGACCCAGCUAAACACCCAGUAACAUGAAUCCCUAGCUCUGAGGGAAUCCGUGUGAGGAGAAGGCCUGCAGUGAAGCAGCAAACAGAUGAUCCUCAUGGGAGAGAGGCUCCUCCCAGCAGAGGGAAGCCUGGACAAAUUCCACCCCUUCCUCAUAUUGUGCUCCUUUCCUUUGGAAUGAAACUCUGAUGCUCCACCCACUCUUCUCUUUUGAAAGCCACACCCCUUGUACUCGCUAUAAGAUCUGCACCCCAGGGACCCCAUAAUUGCAGAAAUUGACCUCCACUCUCUCCCAGAGACCCAGAUAGACACCCAGGUGGGGCCUUCAGGGGAGCGCGGCCACCAUGGCUCUGAAGUCCCUCGUCCUGUUCUCACUGCUGGUCCUGGUGCUGCUGGUGCUGGGGGGUGUCCAGCCUUCCCUGGGGAAGGAAUCUCGGUACCACAGGUUCCAGCGGCAGCACAUGGACCCAGGCAAUUUCCCUGAAAGCAACCCCACCUACUGCAACCUGAUGAUGAGGCGCCGGAAUUUGACGCAGGGGCGCUGUAAGCCGGUGAACACCUUUGUGCACGAGUCCCUGGUGGACGUCCAGGCAGUCUGUCUUGAGAGAAACAUCACCUGCAAGAAUGGGCAGCCCAACUGCCACCAGAGCCACUCCAGCAUGCGCCUCACAGACUGUCGCCUGACUGGUGGCUCCAAGUACCCCAACUGUGCCUACCGGACCACCCAGAAAGAGAGAUACAUUAUUGUGGCCUGUGAGGGAAACCCGUAUGUGCCUGUCCACUUCGAUGCUGCUGUGGAGGUCUCCACCUGAGGCUGGAGCAGAGAUGCUCCCAACACCUCAUUCUUGUGGCCACCACUCUCCAGAGCUCUUCCCUCUUGGCCCUGAUGGGAAUAAUUCAAGUUGGGCUCCUGGCUAUCCCACACUAGCAUCCCUGCCUGAGGCUUGCACAUGUGGUUUGGGGGGUGAGACAGGCUUAUAUGGGGCCCCAUGUUAACCUCCUCACUGCUUUUUUUAAUAAAACUCACUUGCAACCUGAAGCUGCCCCAGCCAGGGCCUGUCUUUGUGAUGCCUCCUGCAGGGCUGAGAGCCGGGAAUCGGGGACCUCUGGUGAGCAGCAUGGGAAGAAAUCAAGUGCCUGCUCUUCUGACUAUUGUUUUCAGUGACUUGGGAGAAUUCUUUUCUAUAGAUUCUUUGAACACGUGAUGAAAUUUUUAAUUGUGGGCCAUUUUAUAUAUUAGGAACUAUGGGACUGUGGGUGUCCUGGUGAGGGGUAUGGUUGGUAACAUACAUCUGAAGAGGGGUGACCCUAUGCCAAGAAUCAUAUGUGGUGUUGGAAACCAAUGUCAUCUGAUUAAAACUUAAUAAAAAAAUUUUAAAUGAGAUACAAUCUG